GUUAUACUUCAUUUGUUGAAGUUAGUUUAUUAUUAUUAUUUUUUAUUAUUUAUUUUUAGUUUAUUCAAUGAAUCCUAACUGAGGUGAUGUGCAAUAUAUGUAUAGCUUCCUCAGAUGUAUUUUCAAAGGAUACUAUCAUAUGAUACUGGAUACAAUAUAAGUUACUAUGAUACUGUGCUGAAUACAACAAUUGGUUUGUUGCAAAAGGAACAAAAGCGAUAAACUUAACGUUAUGUUAACCGGAACGGCCAGAAAGUCAAAAAGUCUACUGAAAUUACUUUCUAAACUAGUGAUGAGCGGAAUGAUGUUUUGCUCGGAACCGAUUCCAGAGUGCUCUAAAAUUUACGAAAUCGAUUCCGGAUAGUAGGUUCGGAAUUGGUUCCAAGAUCGAAACCGAAAUUGGUUCCGGAACUAGAAACGAUUCCGCUGUUUGAGUGCCCAUCACUAAUCCAAACCCAACAAUUUCAAAAUAGUGCUUUAGCUUAAAAAACGAAUAAGGAACGCAUACUUCAUACAUGGUAUAAUAUAAUAUCAUAGUGCAAAAUGGAUUAUAUUACAGAGUUGAAAUAACGAUAACCUUUGAGAGUGACAAAUUGUAUGAUCUUUCGCCACGUCAUUUUAUAUUUUCGUCAACAAAAUCACCAAUCGUUGGAACUGUGCGUAACCAAGGAAACAAGCGACGGCUAAACAGCCAAACAUAUGAACUAGUUACGUGACGCUAACUUUUAGGUGAAACUAUAACAAACAUUUUGCUUCACAAUAUUCAUGGAAGACGUGAAUAAUAACUCUUCCGUGCGAUCCUACCCUGAUCGUCCAGCGUCUAGAAGAGGUUUGGGACCUAGCACCAAUUUAUUAGCCUCAGCCAACUCUGCCACUUCGACAACACCAAGCCCUGUUGCUAUCAUACGACCCGGAACUGCAAUGAAACCUCCUUCUGCCUUGCGAAGUGGAACUGCGAGUAGACUCCUGGCACAUAAUGGAGUUCCCAUUAGUUCUUCAACAUCUCAACGCAUUGGGACAGCUUUGGGAAAUGCUGGGAACAGAAUGGCUGAACGACCGAUAACACAACAUGGCAUUAGCGGUUUGUCCACAUCUUAUGGACGCCUGGGAACUGCUGCUAGUAGUAAUCGUCAAAUCAAAGAUAAGCGAUACUGGCAUGCGGUAUUGCAAAGCAAACUUCAAGAAAUCAAUCAAGAAACAAGCAAACUUUUGAAAGAGAAGAAGUUCCUGGAUCGUGAACGAUCUGCCCGGAAGCUUUAUGAAAAACGAGUGAAAGAGGCUGCAAAGGAAUUAACAAACCUACAAUCUACCUUAACGUCUAUGAAUUUAGCUUUGGACAACUGUACCUCGGGUAUGACAAGGCAGCACCUUUUGAACGAAACUGUAGCAUUGCGGGAACGAAACGAACAUAUUCAGGAACAAUUGGAGCUGAUUUUCAAACAACGACAACAGAAAGACAACGAUAAUAAGGAUCUUGAACGAGAAACGGAUAAGGAAAAAAAUAAAGUGAUUGAAAUGAUCAACUCACUACCAGAGGAAGAUCAGCACAAGUAUCGGGAGUAUCAAACUCUAUCGGAAAACCUUCGUAAACAGAACGCCAUCUACCACACCCAGAUCAGUGAGAUGGAGAAACAAAAGGAAAGAUUGAAUACUAUGAUUAUGAAUUCGCAAACCCGCUCCGAAGCGCAUCGCCUUAAAUCAAAGCUGAAAGAAUUGCUCAACAAAAGGAAUGCUUUGCGUGAGGAAGAAAAUAAUCGUCUUUCACCAGCGCAGGAACGCGAAAAGCUAAUUAAUGAUGUCCGCUCCAACAACCAGGCGCUUGCCAGCAUUGGCAAACAGUUGAAAAUUGUUGAAGAUCAAUUGUUUGAAAAAAAAGAGACCCUUCAGCAGAUAGACCAGGAUCUUGAAGAAGGUAACUCUGAGCGACACGUAAAGUACAAGGAACUUAAAAAGCGAGAUGAAGUAAUGUCGGCAUUCAUGGACAGCUUUAAAAGUAAUAUGAACCAGGAACAACAAAGCAUAGAUACUUUGAAAAACCAAAUCACAUAUGCUAUUGAACAAAUUACGCUGCAAGGAAUUAACAUGAAAGCGAUCGGGGGUGACAAGCUGGAUGGCAAUGGCUUUAAUUCUAAGAACGACCUCAAUUCCCACUCUGGAUUGAUGAAAGAGUAUAAAAAACUCGGCAUACAACUAAAGCAACUUCAAAUAUUGGAAAAGCGCACAAUGCAACAAGUUAAUUCUCUGAGGCAAGAGGAAACAGACGCACUUCAAAACAUUCAAAAGUACGCUAACUUAGAAAUACCACGUGCGGAUGCAAUUGUAAAGAUGAACGAUCUAACUUCAAUAUUACAAGAAAUGGAAGAUAAAAAGCGUGUCACAGAGAAUGUGGUCGAUGAGGCGCGAAAUAGAAACCAUGAGAUAAAAGUCAGUCUCAAAAGUAACGAUACGUACCGACAAAUAUCUCAUCUCGAAGAUAAGUUGGUCGAUUUAAUGAAAGAAAAUAAAAUAUUUCAGGAAGCGGUCAACCAAAUGCAACAGGAAAAUAACUAUACCAAAACGCGUAUGGAAGUACAUGAGAUGGUUCACGAACAUAACACACUAUUGAGUAGUGAGUUAGAAAAUAUAUCCGUUUGAUAUAGGAGCAGGAUCCAUAUUGCACCAUUAUACAACAUACAUAUUUUUGUUAAGUAACCAACGGAACCGUAAUCGAUUUGUAGGCAUUUUUUAUUGUUUAAAAUACUGAAAGGAAAAUAAUAGAAAACAAUUAUCUGUAGGGCUAUAUUGAUUUCGCAGAGGUAAAUAUCGCAUUCAAACUAAUCAGCAACGAGCAUCCCAAUAGCAAGGUCUAUGUGUGUGUGUGUCUCUCUCUGUCUAUGGCACAAAUUGUUCUAGUAUACUCUCUUCUAUAUAAUAUUUGUCUAUUUGGAGAAUAUAAUUUAAUCAAAGUAAUAA